AUGGAAAUUGUUCAGCUGGAACAGAAGGUUCAGUACGGGAUUAAAAACCCUAGACCUUUGAUUUUUGUCACUCCAACUUACGUUCGAACUUUUCAAGCUUUACAUCUAACCGGAUUGAUGCACACAUUGAUGAAUUUUCCCUACGAAGUCGUAUGGAUCGUGGUGGAAGCUGUUGGCACCACCAAUGAAACGGCAGCGUUGCUGGCAAAAUCGAAACUUCAAAUCAAGCAUAUUGGGUUCAAGAAGAAGAUGCCCAUUUUCUGGAACGCUCGUCACAAGUUGGAAUCCGAGAUGCGAUUGCAAGCUUUAAGAGUUGUGAGAGAAGAGAAACUUGAUGGAAUUGUUAUGUUUGCCGAUAAUAGCAACAUGCAUAGUUUAGAACUCUUUGAUGAGAUCCAAAAAGUGGAAUGGAUUGGUACUGUUUCAGUAGGGAUUCUUCUUCAUUCCAGUCAUUCUAACGAAGACCCUUUUGAGGUUCAAAAGAAUUUAAACGAACCAAACAACAAGAAAUCACCAUUGGCAACUCAAGGUCCCGCUUGCAACUCAUCUGAUCAUUCAAUCGGGUGGCACACGUUUAAUUUUUAUGCAUAUGAACAAAAGAGUGCAAAUUACAUUGGUGAUAUGGCAAUCGUAUUGCCCCAAAAACUGGAAUGGUCUGGAUUUGUGGAAACUCUAUAUCCAUUGUUGCACCGUGCUAUUGUUGCUGCCUCAGCUGUUCCAGAUCUUCAAGAUCGCUAUGACUCGAUGCCUGAUAGCAUAAAAUCAAAGUUAUUGCCAUUUCAGCGAGACGGUGUCAGCAUGGAGGGCGUGUUCUCCUGGCUGAUAAAAUGGGCCUUGGAAAAACUCUUCAGAUCUUGA